UUUCCGCUCUCACCUUCCUCUGAACAUUUCUGGGCAGAGAAAUUACUCCUACUCCAACUAACUCCUUUUUGCCCUUUGCAGGUGGCAUGAGAUGUUAAGGUCUUUUAUAUGGGACAAAAGAAGGAAAACAACUUGGCUGCAAUAAAAACAGAGAUAAGGCAACUGAGCUUCAGAAAAUUGAAAUGGUUGUCCAAGUUCUGCAGAAAAGAUGGCAAGAAAGAAGCUGAAAAAAUUUACUACUUUGGAGAUUGUGCUCAGUGUUCUUCUGCUUGUGUUGUUUAUCAUCAGUAUUGUUCUAAUUGUGCUUUUAGCCAAAGAGUCACUGAAAUCAACAGCCCCAGAUCCUGGGACAACUGGUACCCCAGAUCCUGGGACAACUGGUACCCCAGAUCCUGGAACAACUGGUACCACACAUCCUAGGACAACGGGUCCCCCAGAUCCUGGAACAACUGCUACCACUCCUGUUUCUGCUGAAUGUCCAGUGGUAAAUGAAUUGGAACGAAUUAAUUGCAUCCCUGACCAGCCGCCAACAAAGGCCACAUGUGACCAACGUGGCUGUUGCUGGAAUCCCCAGGGAGCUGUAAGUGUUCCCUGGUGCUACUAUUCCAAGAAUCAUAGCUACCACAUGGAGGGCAACCUUGUCAACACAAAUGCAGGAUUCACAGCCCGGUUGAAAAAUCUGCCUUCUUCACCCGUGUUUGGAAGCAAUGUUGACAAUGUUCUUCUCACAGCAGAAUAUCAGACAUCUAAUCGUUUCCACUUUAAGUUGACUGACCAAACCAAUAAUAGGUUUGAAGUGCCCCACGAACACGUGCAGUCCUUCAGUGGAAAUGCUGCUUCUUCUUUGACCUACCAAGUUGAAAUCUCCAGACAGCCAUUUAGCAUCAAAGUGACCAGAAGAAGCAACAAUCGUGUUUUGUUUGACUCGAGCAUUGGGCCCCUACUGUUUGCCGACCAGUUCUUGCAGCUCUCCACUCGACUGCCUAGCGCUAACGUGUAUGGCCUGGGAGAGCAUGUGCACCAGCAGUAUCGGCAUGAUAUGAAUUGGAAGACCUGGCCCAUAUUUAACAGAGACACAACUCCCAAUGGAAACGGAACUAAUUUGUAUGGUGCGCAGACAUUCUUCUUGUGCCUUGAAGAUGCUAGUGGAUUGUCCUUUGGGGUGUUUCUGAUGAACAGCAAUGCCAUGGAGGUUGUCCUUCAGCCUGCGCCAGCCAUCACUUACCGCACCAUUGGGGGCAUUCUCGACUUCUAUGUGUUCUUGGGAAACACUCCAGAGCAAGUUGUUCAAGAAUAUCUAGAGCUUAUUGGGCGGCCAGCCCUUCCCUCCUACUGGGCGCUUGGAUUUCACCUCAGUCGUUAUGAAUAUGGAACCUUAGACAACAUGAGGGAAGUCGUGGAGAGAAAUCGCGCAACACAGCUCCCUUAUGAUGUUCAGCAUGCUGAUAUUGAUUAUAUGGAUGAGAGAAGGGACUUCACUUACGAUCCAGUGGAUUUUAAAGGCUUCCCUGAAUUUGUCAACGAGUUACACAAUAAUGGACAGAAGCUUGUCAUCAUUGUGGAUCCAGCCAUCUCCAACAACUCUUCCUCAAGUAAACCCUAUGGCCCAUAUGACAGGGGUUCAGAUAUGAAGAUAUGGGUGAAUAGUUCAGAUGGAGUGACUCCACUCAUUGGGGAGGUCUGGCCUGGACAAAGUGUGUUUCCUGAUUAUACCAAUCCCAACUGUGCUGUUUGGUGGACAAAGGAAUUUGAGCUUUUUCACAAUCAAGUAGAGUUUGAUGGAAUCUGGAUUGAUAUGAAUGAAGUCUCCAACUUUGUUGAUGGUUCGGUCUCAGGAUGUUCCACAAACAACCUAAAUAAUCCCCCAUUCACUCCCAGAAUCCUGGAUGGGUACCUGUUCUGCAAGACUCUCUGUAUGGAUGCAGUGCAGCACUGGGGCAAGCAGUAUGACGUUCACAAUCUGUAUGGCUACUCCAUGGCGGUCGCCACAGCAGAAGCUGCCAAGACUGUGUUCCCUAAUAAGAGAAGCUUCAUUCUGACCCGUUCUACCUUUGCGGGCUCUGGCAAGUUUGCAGCACAUUGGUUAGGAGACAACACUGCCACCUGGGACGACCUGAGAUGGUCCAUCCCUGGCGUGCUUGAGUUCAACCUUUUUGGCAUCCCAAUGGUGGGUCCUGACAUAUGUGGCUUUGCUUUGGACACCCCUGAGGAGCUCUGUAGGCGGUGGAUGCAGUUGGGUGCAUUUUAUCCGUUUUCUAGAAAUCACAAUGGCCAAGGCUACAAGGACCAGGAUCCUGCCUCCUUUGGAGCUGACUCCCUGCUGUUGAAUUCCUCCAGGCACUACCUUAACAUCCGCUAUACUCUAUUGCCCUACCUAUACACCCUCUUCUUCCGUGCUCACAGCCGAGGGGACACAGUGGCCAGGCCCCUUUUGCAUGAGUUCUACGAGGACAACAGCACUUGGGAUGUGCACCAACAGUUCUUAUGGGGGCCCGGUCUCCUCAUCACUCCAGUUCUGGAUGAAGGUGCAGAGAAAGUGAUGGCAUAUGUGCCUGAUGCUGUCUGGUAUGACUACGAGACUGGGAGCCAAGUGAGAUGGAGGAAGCAAAAAGUCGAGAUGGAACUUCCUGGAGACAAAAUUGGACUUCACCUUCGAGGAGGCUACAUCUUCCCCACACAGCAGCCAAAUACAACCACUCUGGCCAGUCGAAAGAACCCUCUUGGUCUUAUCAUUGCCCUAGAUGAAAACAAAGAAGCAAAAGGAGAACUUUUCUGGGAUGAUGGGGAAACGAAGGAUACUGUGGCCAAUAAAGUGUAUCUUUUAUGUGAGUUUUCUGUCACUCAAAACCACUUGGAGGUGAAUAUUUCACAAUUAACCUACAAGGACCCCAAUAAUUUAGCAUUUAAUGAGAUUAAAAUUCUUGGGACGGAGGAACCAAGCAAUGUUACGGUGAAACACAAUGGUGUCCCAAGUCAGACUUCUCCUACAGUCACUUAUGAUUCUAACCUGAAGGUUGCCAUUAUCACAGAUAUCGAUCUUCUCCUGGGAGAAGCAUACACAGUGGAAUGGAGCAUAAAGAUAAGGGAUGAAGAAAAAAUAGACUGUUAUCCUGAUGAGAAUGGUGCUUCUGCAGAAAACUGCACUGCCCGUGGCUGUAUCUGGGAGGCAUCCAAUUCUUCUGGAGUCCCUUUUUGCUAUUUUGUCAACGACCUAUACUCUGUCAGUGAUGUUCAGUAUAAUUCCCAUGGGGCCACAGCUGACAUCUCCUUAAAGUCUUCCAUUUAUGCCAAUGCUUUCCCCUCCACACCCGUGAACCCCCUUCGCCUGGAUGUCACUUACCAUAAGAAUGAAAUGCUGCAGUUCAAGAUUUAUGAUCCCAACAACAAUCGGUAUGAAGUUCCAGUCCCUCUGAACAUACCCAGCAUGCCAUCCAGCACCCCUGAGGGUCAACUCUAUGAUGUGCUCAUUAAGAAGAAUCCAUUUGGGAUUGAAAUUCGCCGGAAGAGUACAGGCACUAUAAUUUGGGACUCUCAGCUCCUUGGCUUCACCUUCAGUGACAUGUUUAUCCGCAUCUCCACCCGCCUUCCCUCCAAGUACCUCUAUGGCUUUGGGGAAACUGAGCACAGGUCCUAUAGGAGAGACUUGGAGUGGCACACUUGGGGGAUGUUCUCCCGAGACCAGCCCCCAGGGUACAAGAAGAAUUCCUAUGGUGUCCACCCCUACUACAUGGGGCUGGAGGAGGACGGCAGUGCCCAUGGAGUGCUCCUGCUGAACAGCAAUGCCAUGGAUGUGACGUUCCAGCCCCUGCCUGCCUUGACAUACCGCACCACAGGGGGAGUUCUGGACUUUUAUGUGUUCUUGGGGCCGACUCCAGAGCUUGUCACCCAGCAGUACACUGAGUUGAUUGGCCGGCCUGUGAUGGUACCUUACUGGUCUUUGGGGUUCCAGCUGUGUCGCUAUGGCUACCAGAACGACUCUGAGAUCGCCAGCUUGUAUGAUGAGAUGGUGGCUGCCCAGAUCCCUUAUGACGUGCAGUACUCAGACAUCGACUACAUGGAGCGGCAGCUGGACUUCACCCUCAGCCCCAAGUUUGCUGGGUUUCCAGCUCUGAUCAAUCGCAUGAAGGCUGAUGGGAUGCGGGUCAUCCUCAUUCUGGAUCCAGCCAUUUCUGGCAAUGAGACACAGCCCUAUCCUGCCUUCACUCGGGGCGUGGAGGAUGACGUCUUCAUCAAGUACCCAAAUGAUGGAGACAUUGUCUGGGGAAAGGUCUGGCCUGAUUUUCCUGAUGUUGUUGUGAAUGGGUCUCUAGACUGGGACAGCCAAGUGGAGCUAUAUCGAGCUUAUGUGGCCUUCCCAGACUUUUUCCGUAAUUCAACUGGCAAGUGGUGGAAGAGGGAAAUAGAAGAACUAUACAACAAUCCACAGAAUCCAGAGAGGAGCUUGAAGUUUGAUGGCAUGUGGAUUGAUAUGAAUGAACCAUCAAGCUUCGUGAAUGGGGCAGUUUCUCCAGGCUGCAGGGACGCCUCUCUGAACCACCCUCCCUACAUGCCACAUUUGGAGUCUAGGGACAGGGGCCUGAGCAGCAAGACCCUUUGCAUGGAGAGUCAGCAGAUCCUCCCAGAUGGCUCCCCGGUGCAGCACUACAAUGUGCACAACCUGUACGGGUGGUCCCAGACCAGACCCACAUACGAAGCUGUGCAGGAGGUGACAGGACAGCGAGGGGUCGUCAUCACCCGCUCCACAUUUCCCUCUUCUGGCCGCUGGGCAGGACAUUGGCUGGGAGACAACACGGCCGCGUGGGAUCAGCUGAAGAAAUCUAUCAUUGGCAUGAUGGAGUUCAGCCUCUUCGGCAUAUCCUAUACGGGAGCAGAUAUCUGUGGGUUCUUUGAAGAUGCUGAAUAUGAGAUGUGUGUUCGCUGGAUGCAGCUGGGGGCCUUUUACCCCUUCUCAAGAAACCACAACACCAUUGGGACCAGGAGACAAGACCCUGUGUCCUGGGAUGCUGCUUUUGUGAACAUUUCCAGAACUGUCCUGCAGACCAGAUACACCCUGUUGCCAUAUCUGUAUACCUUGAUGCAUAAGGCCCACACGGAGGGCGUCACUGUUGUGCGACCUCUGCUCCAUGAGUUUGUGUCAGACCAGGUGACAUGGGACAUAGACAGUCAGUUCCUGCUGGGCCCAGCCUUCCUGGUCAGCCCUGUCCUGGAGCGCAAUGCCAGAAAUGUCACUGCAUAUUUCCCUAGAGCCCGUUGGUACGAUUACUACACGGGUGUGGAUAUUAAUGCAAGAGGAGAGUGGAAGACCUUGCCAGCCCCUCUUGACCACAUUAAUCUUCAUGUCCGUGGGGGCUACAUCCUGCCCUGGCAAGAGCCUGCACUGAACACCCACUUAAGUCGAAAGAACCCUCUUGGUCUUAUUAUUGCCCUAGAUGAAAACAAAGAAGCAAAAGGAGAACUUUUCUGGGAUGAUGGGCAAACAAAGGAUACUGUGGCCAAUAAAGUAUAUCUUUUAUGUGAGUUUUCUGUCACUCAAAACCACUUGGAGGUGAAUAUUUCACAGUCAACCUACAAGGACCCCAAUAAUUUAGCAUUCAAUGAGAUUAAAAUUCUUGGGACGGAGGAACCAAGCAAUGUUACGGUGAAACACAAUGGUGUCCCAAGUCAGACUUCUCCUACAGUCACUUAUGAUUCUAACCUGAAGGUCGCCAUUAUCACAGACAUCAAUCUUUUCCUGGGAGAAGCAUACACAGUGGAGUGGAGCAUAAAGAUAAGGGAUGAAGAAAAAAUAGACUGUUACCCUGAUGAGAAUGGUGCUUCUGCAGAAAACUGCACUGCCCGUGGCUGUAUCUGGGAGGCAUCCAAUUCUUCUGGAGUCCCUUUUUGCUAUUUUGUCGAUGACCUAUACUCUGUCAGUGAUGUUCAGUAUAACUCCCAUGGGGCCACAGCUGACAUCUCCUUAAAGUCUUCUGUUCAUGCCAGUGCCUUCCCUUCCACACCCGUGAACCCCCUUCGCCUGCAUGUCACUUACCAUAAGAAUGAAAUGCUGCAGUUCAAGAUUUAUGAUCCCAACAACAAUCGGUAUGAAGUUCCAGUCCCUCUGAACAUACCCAGUGUGCCAUCCAGCACCCCUGAGGGUCAACUCUAUGAUGUCCUCAUUAAGAAGAAUCCAUUUGGGAUUGAAAUUCGCCGGAAGAGUACAGGCACUAUAAUUUGGGACUCUCAGCUCCUUGGCUUCACCUUCAAUGACAUGUUUAUCCGCAUCUCCACCCGCCUUCCCUCCAAGUACCUCUAUGGCUUUGGGGAAACUGAGCACAGGUCCUAUAGGAGAGACUUGGAGUGGCACACUUGGGGGAUGUUCUCCCGAGACCAGCCCCCAGGGUACAAGAAGAAUUCCUAUGGUGUCCACCCCUACUACAUGGGGCUAGAGGAGGACGGCAGUGCCCAUGGAGUGCUCCUGCUGAACAGCAAUGCCAUGGAUGUGACGUUCCAGCCCCUGCCUGCCUUGACAUACCGUACCACAGGGGGAGUUCUGGACUUUUAUGUGUUCUUGGGGCCAACUCCAGAGCUUGUCACCCAGCAGUACACUGAGUUUAUUGGCCGGCCUGUGAUGGUACCUUACUGGUCUUUGGGGUUCCAGCUGUGUCGCUAUGGAUACCAGAACGAUUCUGAGAUCGCCAGCUUGUAUGAUGAGAUGGUGGCUGCCCAGAUCCCUUAUGAUGUGCAGUACUCAGACAUCGACUACAUGGAGCGGCAGCUGGACUUCACCCUCAGCCCCAAGUUUGCUGGGUUUCCAGCUCUGAUCAAUCGCAUGAAGGCUGAUGGGAUGCGGGUCAUCCUCAUUCUGGAUCCAGCCAUUUCUGGCAAUGAGACACAGCCUUAUCCUGCCUUCACUCGGGGCAUAGAGGAUGACGUCUUCAUCAAGUACCCAAAUGAUGGAGACAUUGUCUGGGGAAAGGUCUGGCCUGAUUUUCCUGAUGUUGUUGUGAAUGGGUCUCUAGACUGGGACAGUCAAGUGGAGCUAUAUCGAGCUUAUGUGGCCUUCCCAGACUUUUUCCGUAAUUCAACUGGCAAGUGGUGGAAGAGGGAAAUAGAAGAACUAUACAACAAUCCACAGAAUCCAGAGAGGAGCUUGAAGUUUGAUGGCAUGUGGAUUGAUAUGAAUGAACCAUCAAGCUUCGUGAAUGGGGCAGUUUCUCCAGGCUGCAGGGACGCCUCUCUGAACCACCCUCCCUACAUGCCGUAUUUGGAGUCCAGGGACAGGGGCCUGAGCAGCAAGACCCUGUGCAUGGAGAGUCAGCAGAUCCUCCCAGACGGCUCCCUGGUGCAGCACUACAACGUGCACAACCUGUAUGGGUGGUCCCAGACCAGACCUACAUACGAAGCCGUGCAGGAGGUGACGGGACAGCGAGGGGUCGUCAUCACCCGCUCCACAUUUCCCUCUUCUGGCCGCUGGGCAGGACAUUGGCUGGGAGACAACACGGCCGCAUGGGAUCAGCUGAAGAAAUCUAUCAUUGGCAUGAUGGAGUUCAGCCUCUUCGGCAUAUCCUAUACGGGAGCAGAUAUCUGUGGGUUCUUUGAAGAUGCUGAAUAUGAGAUGUGUGUUCGCUGGAUGCAGCUGGGGGCCUUUUACCCCUUCUCAAGAAACCACAACACCAUUGGGACCAGGAGACAAGACCCUGUGUCCUGGGAUGUUGCUUUUGUGAAUAUUUCCAGAACUGUCCUGCAGACCAGAUACACCUUGUUGCCAUAUCUGUAUACCUUGAUGCAUAAGGCCCACACGGAGGGCAUCACUGUUGUGCGGCCUCUGCUCCAUGAGUUUGUGUCAGACCAGGUGACAUGGGACAUAGACAGUCAGUUCCUGCUGGGCCCAGCCUUCCUGGUCAGCCCUGUCCUGGAGCGCAAUGCCAGAAAUGUCACUGCAUAUUUCCCUAGAGCCCGUUGGUACGAUUACUACACGGGUGUGGAUAUUAAUGCAAGAGGAGAGUGGAAGACCUUGCCAGCCCCUCUUGACCACAUUAAUCUUCAUGUCCGUGGGGGCUACAUCCUGCCCUGGCAAGAGCCUGCACUGAACACCCACUUAAGCCGCCAGAAAUUCAUGGGCUUCAAAAUUGCCUUGGAUGAUGAAGGAACUGCUGGGGGCUGGCUCUUCUGGGAUGAUGGGCAAAGCAUUGAUACCUAUGGGAAAGGACUCUAUUACUUGGCCAGCUUUUCUGCCAGCCAGAAUACGAUGCAAAGCCAUGUAAUUUUCAACAAUUACAUCACUGGUACAAAUCCUUUGAAACUGGGCUACAUUGAAAUCUGGGGAGUGGGCAGUGUCCCCAUUACCAGUGUCAGCAUCUCUGUGAGUGGCAUGGUCAUAACACCCUCCUUCAACAAUGACCCCACGACACAGGUUUGUGACCAGCAAAAAGUGCGAAUGGUAUUCUCCACCCUUAAAAUGCCUAGUGCAGUGCCUGACUGCUUCCCUUCCAAAUGAUGCCCUCUCCUGCCAGGCCCUCCGGGAAUCCCUGAGUUUUCCAUGUGUUAGGAAUGGACCACAUGGAGAUGAAUGAAAAAUCAUGGUUUAUCAUCAUUUGGAAUCCAUGGCCUGGAUUCUUACUUUCCAUGUUUGUCUUCUUGUCUGCAAACCUAUGUAAAACUUUGUCUUGACUCCCUCACCUCUGCCUCAGAGAUCAACUUCCCAAACAGGUUGGAACUAUCAUAUUUUAUCAAAUAUGAUACCAUCAGUGAAAAUUGCUUCAUUAUUUCAUGUGCCACAAAGAAAGAAAAAAGGAUGACAAAACUAUGAUAGAAUGCUUCCUUAUCACUCAAUUUUUUUUUUUGAGACGGAGUCUCACUCUGUUGCCCAGGCUGGAGUGCAGUGGCAUGUGAUCUCAGCUCACUGCAAGCUGUGCCUCCCAGGUUCAUGCCAUUCUUCUGCCUCCCAAGUAGCUGUGACUACAGGCGUCUGCCACUAUGCCCGGCUAAUUUUUUGUAUUUUUAGUAGAGACAGGUUUUCACCGUGUUAGCCAGGAUGGUCUCGAUCUCCUGACCUUGUGAUCCGCCUGCCUUGGCCUCCCAAAGUGCUGAGAUUACAGGCGUGAGCCACUGUGCCCGGCCUCAGAUUUUUAUAAUAAACUUAUAGAAAGUUUUUGAAACUUCUUUAGACAUAAACUUUUACCUAUAUAUUUCAAUAUUGUAAGUGAUAAUAUGGAGGAAAAUGUUGAGUGGAGAUACAUUGAUGAUUCUGCCUCAACGUAAUUUAGAAGAGGUAGACCCUAAAUGUGAAGAAGCACUAGAAAUAGCUUAACCAACUUGUAUCGUAUUUAAAUUGCACUAUUUAAAUUCGUAUUAAAGUGUUUUAUUUUAUUAUUUAAAUAGUUUAUUGUAUUUAUUAUUAUUUAGAAGAAAAAUAUGUGUUACAAAUUGGUUAAGAUAUUUCCUCUGUACUGCAAAAGGUGUUGGUGAUUCAGCAUUUUAUAAAAAUUCUUCCACUAGUGUCUAUGAAGUUUUUUUCCUGAGCCACUAACACACUUUAUAUACAUUUUCAUCCUAGUGCUUUCUUGAUCUUACUAAAUAUUCCUUCCUGUAAUAAUCCUUAAAUGUUUUCAGCCCAUCCAUUCAUAACACAGUAAUAGCAAUGAAGCUUACACGGGCACAGACAAUAACAAUUAUGCCAUGGGUGCUGCUUGGCUCACAGUAAUUCUAUGGUUGUCGAUUCAAGACACGCUCUUGUCGGAUGAAUGUUAAAUAUGUGAAAAAUCUGUACCUUGGGAUUAAUGCAGUGUAGUGGUCCUGACACUUAUCAUCCCGAUGGUAAAUGAAACUUUCUUCCUUGUGUGCUUACUUAUUAUUUUUUUUCCUGAACUUUUUUCUUUCAUAAUCCUUCCUGAUGAUUAAGCCUGAAACAAAAGUGUUCUUUCAGUUUUGCAUUCUUUACAGUUAUUUCCUCAUACUUGUGGUUUUCUUGUCAACAACUUCCCCAACUAUACCAUAAAGGACUUUGUCCAAUCCUGUUGCUGACCAGCUCAGGGACAGACAUGCAAGCUGAUGAGGGCACAUGCAGUGAAACCUUCUUGACAGCAUCUGCCUAGGAAGACGCAGGAAUAGUGGACACUUGCUGGGCAAACACUGGGGUGCUAUAGUGGAAUAGGAGAAGGAGGAAACAGAAGGAUGGUGCCAAGGAAAAUCAACACCUCAGCAGAAUGGAAAAGAGGGCAUUCUCUCCAGUUUGUGCAGUUGUUUCUCUUCAGCGGUUGCAUAUUGAACAUUUUUUUUUUGACCGAGUCUCACUCUGUUGCCCAGGCUGAAGUGCACUGGUGCAAUCUUAGCUCACUGCAGUCUCCGCCUCCCAAGUUCAAGUGAUUCUCCUGCCUCAGCCUCCCUAGUAGCUGGGAUUACAGGCUCCCGCCACCAUGCCUGGCUAAUUUUUGUAUUUUUAUUAGAGCCGGGGUUUCACCAUGUUGGCCAGGCUGGUCUGAAACUCCUGACCUCAAAUGAUCCACCCACCUGGGCCUCCCAGAGUGUUGGGAUUACCGGCGUGAGCCACCGCACCCGGCCCAUAUUGAAUUAUUUAAAGGCCCAUCUCUACCACUGAAUAAUCUUUGUACUCUAAAAAAUUAGAAAACACCCUUCUCAUCUGAAACUUUGAAGGCAGUCUUUUAACUAGACAAUACAAUGUAGAAGUAUUAGGGGGUUAUUUGGACCGGAUACUUGCACCUGAUUUAUUUGCAUGCAGGAAAUUUCACCACCGGAUGCCCAAUUCUUUUCCUUUGGUUCCUAACAGGUAUUAAGCAUCGAUGUGACUGACAGAAACAUCAGCCUACAUAAUUUUACUUCAUUGACGUGGAUAAUCACUCUGUGAAUUUUUACAGCAAGAUUCUAACUAACUAUGAAUGACUUUGAAACUACUUAUACUUCAUACUCAUAAAAAUUAUUGUGUGUUGCUAAUUUGUUCAUACCCACUAUUGGUGAAAUAUUUCUGUUAAUUUUGUUAUAUGUUUUUUGUGUGAACCCUAAAGGUUAAACCUUAGCCCUGUGGGAUAGGCAGUUAGGGAGGUGUGGAAAAUCUAUGCAUUACCUUAAUGUCUCUGUGUGGUUAGUAUGGUAGUGACUGUUCAUUGUAUGACAUUUACUGAAGAUGAACUGGGUCCAUGAUGAAGUGUGUGUAUGUCCACGUUUGUAAUCAUAGAAUGGACCCCAUUCUUUUGUUAAAUACACAAGAGAAAGCUUUCCGUGACAGUUCCAGGUCUUGAAGCUAAUCAGCAUCUCAAGAAAGUAUCCAGAAAGAACAUCUGCUAGUUGGUUAUAGGCGGUGGGAGGAAUAAUAUACCUAAUUGGUUAUAGGUGGGGGAAGCAUGAUAAGCAAAGAAAAGGCAAACACAAGGAAAGAUCAGAUGAAACAGAAGAUGAUAGUAAAAGUGAUCUUAAGUAAGAACAUAAUGUAAAAUUGUCAGCAGCCUCAUGGGGAGGAAAAAGGAAGAGUCAACUCACCUGAAGAAGAGGGUCUUGAGAAAUCCUUAGCAUAAAGGGCUACUGGUGAGAUUGAGAUCUGAGCAGGCAAAGCUCAGAAGAGAGUUUGGAGGUUAAAAAUAAUUUAUUUUUGCAGUAGUGUGCUUUGAAAUGUGUAAAUCUUAUUUCUAAUGUAUAUAACCACAUUUCACAUAAAAAUAUGCAAUUUAUAUGCCAGAUAAAAAUAAAACAAGUGAAUUUGCAAGUGAUUUUGAAUUUUGUGCUAUUUUGACCAUGAGUAAUCUCUGUUUGGGGUUAAGGUUCUUGUUUAGCAAACUCUUAUGAAUUUGUCUUUCUGGUUCUCUUCGGCAUCACAGAACCUGCAGCCAAAUCCACCAAUAGGAUGAUAACCUUUAUAAUUAUCCUUUUUCUUAGAUCUCUGCAAGGAGUCUUUUAUAAGAUG